CGACACGGCGAGAAGACAGCAUGCCUCCUUUCUCUUUCAGCCUUACCAAUAAAAGACGUGACUCCUGCUACAUCCGAAUCCCGCAACUUCGGACGGUCGCGGAGUUAUAAACCGUGCUGCAAACCGGACAAACAUACAGCUCGAUCGGUCUGCCGACGAGAUCGAGCCAGAAUCGGGACAACCAUAAGGCCGAGGCCUCUACGUCCAGGAAGAUUGGAUUGGAUUGGACCUAAAAAUUCUGCGUUUCAGAAAAAAACAGAACGAACGAUUGACGCGUGA